AUGAGUGUAUUUCCAAAAGAAACUGUCAAGAACAUUGGCGAAUCGCUGGGUAUCACCAAUCUCAAAGACGAUGCGGCAUCAGCGCUGGCGCAAGAUGUUGAAUAUCGAGUACACGAACUUAUCCAAGAAGCAACCAAAUUCAUGCGACAUUCGAAACGUACGCGAUUGACGGUGGACGAUAUCAACUCUGCGCUUCGUGCCAAAAACGUCGAGCCCUUGUAUGGUUAUGCUUGCAGUGGUCCUCCAAAGUUUCGCAAAGCCAAUGUUGCUUCUACCGAUGUGUACUUUACGCAAGACGACGAACUCGACUUUGAUACGAUUCUGAGCAAACCGUUGCCAAAGAUACCUCUUGAUGUCAGCUUCACGGCGCAUUGGUUAGCGAUUGAAGGUGUUCAGCCCGCCAUUCCUCAAAACCCAACCCCUGGUGAUGCCAAAGCUGAUUUACUUUCAAAACGAUCCAAAAGCCAUGGUGGUACAAGUGGUCUUUCCGAUCAAGUGGAUGUCAAGCCGCUUGUGAAGCAUGUCUUAUCCAAGGAAUUGCAAAUGUACUUUGAGAGGAUCACGGAGGCAGUGUUAAGCGAAGAUGAGCGAUUACGAUCCCAAGCAUUUGAGAGUCUACGCAUGGAUCCUGGCUUGCAUCAGCUUUUACCUUAUUUCGUUCAGCAUAUCCACAAAAAGGUCACACAGAAUCACAAAGAUCUUGACGUUUUGGAUGCAAUGCUUUCAAUGGCCCAUUCCUUGUUGAAUAAUCAGCACCUGUUUGUGGAGCCUUAUUUACAUCAAUUGAUUCCACCUAUCAUGACAUGUCUUGUUGGUCGAACGAUAUCAGAGGAUCCAUUCCAAGAUCAUUGGUCUGUGCGGCGCCGUGCAGCAUCCUUGAUUGCCAAUAUUUGCAGACACUAUGGCAAAGCUUAUCACACACUCCAACCUCGAAUUGCAAAGACGCUUGUACGAGCACUGCUUGACCCAUCACGACCCUUGACAACACAAUACGGCGCCAUCAUUGGAUUGGAUGCUCUUGGCACAGAAGUUACGCGAGUCCUUGUUUUACCGCAUAUCAAAUUCUUUACGACGCAUUGUUUGCAAAAUGCUUUGGAGAAUGGAAACGCACAAAAGGUGCAAGAGGCAGAGAAAUGUAAAGAAGCAUUACUGGGCGUCCUUGAAAAAGUAGCCAAGGAUGGAGCACAUAUGGAAACAUCAGGCCAAGCAAGCGAACAAGAGAAAAAGCAACUUGUGGAUGACAUUGGACAAUUAUUGGGCGAUGCCUUUUUACAAAAGAGAGCGGAUAUCACUAGCAAUGAAUUACAAAGUAUCCUUGAAUCAACGACGACAACAACAACAACAACACAACACGAUUAG